GCCCAGUGCCCGGCUCUAAUGGCACCGGAGACAUACGGGCACAGCUCCGCCCCGCCGGGCCGAACAAUACUGAUGUCAGGAGGCGGUGCCCGAUUCGGGUGAUGUGUGUGCGGAGGAUGCUGCGGCCCGACAGAGCAUUGUGGGUACUUCUGAGUUCAGAGGUCAUGAGGAGACCACCUAGCUGAUCAGCGGAACACGACCAGUGGCAAUAUGGAUACCUUCCCUGAGACUUUCACCUACAUAGAGCCCCUGGUGACGGAGGAGCCUCCAGGAAAUGGGACAGACCUGUGUUACAGUGCCCGUUCGCACAGCACGGUGCUUCAGGGCCUGCCAUUCGGAGGAGUCCCCACCGUUCUCGCAAUCAACUUUCUUGCCUGGCUGUUGUUGCUCCUGGUGUUCUCAUGCUUGCGGAAGGCAGCUUGGGAUUAUGGACGUCUCGCUCUCCUUAUAGACAAUGACAGCCCUGCCAUACGACGUAGAUGGACCUCAUAUGACCUCACCUCUCUUUUCUACGGGGAGCCGAGUGACAAGGAGAAAUCGCCAUGUGAGACCAGCCCGCCAGACCUCAGUAAUAAAGACCUGGGCUUCUGCUCCUGGCUCAGCUCCAUUUAUCAGAUGAAGGAUGAGGAAAUUCAGAGUAAGUGUGGAGUAGAUGCCAUCAUUUACCUGUCCUAUCAGCGCCAUCUUCUAGUGCUGACCUUACUCAUCUGUGUCUUCUCUGUCUCCAUCAUUCUGCCGGUGAACUUCUCUGGGGAUUUGCUGGGUGACAGUCCGGCUCAGUUUGGGCGUACCACCAUUGUCAACGUUCCCACACAGGAUCGGUUUCUCUGGCUGCACAGUGUCUUGGCUCUGUUCUAUUUCCUGAUGACCGUCCUCUUUAUGCGCCAUCACUCCGCCUCAUUACACUACCGGGAGGAUGAGAAGGUGGUGAGAACACUAAUGGUGACCCGAAUCCCACGAGAAAUCGCAGACUCCUCCCUUAUCACCAAACAUUUCCAUGAGGCGUACCCCAGCUGUACCGUCACCGAUGUCCAGUUCUGUUAUGACGUCCGGCGGCUGAUGAAGCUGGACAUAGAAAGGCGGCGCGCCAUGAAAGGUCGCAUGUACUUCGCUGGACAGUCUCAGAAAGAAGGGAGGAUCUUUAUAAAAACUCACCCGUGUGCCCGGCUCUGCCCCUGCGACUGCUGCGGCUUCCAGACCGUGGAGGCAGAGCAGUACUAUGCUGAGCUGGAGGAGAAACUGACCGAUGAGUUUACAGCAGAGAGGAACCGAAUCCCCCUGAAGAGACUGGGUGCGGCAUUUGUCACCUUCCAGGACGAGAGGAUGACAGCAGUGAUCAUCCAGGAUUAUGACCAUCCAAGAUGCCGCCGAUCCCCUCAGCAAUCCUCAGUCACUCCGGUCCUGCAUUCGCACCAGUGGGGGAUCCGUUACGCUCCGGCGCCCAAUGACGUCAUCUGGGAGAACUUGGCGGUGUCGGGUCCGGUGUGGUGGGUUCGCUUUGCUGGCCUGAACUUGGCAUUAUUUAUUCUGCUUUUCUUUCUGACCACCCCGGCUGUCAUUGUUAGCACCAUGGACAGAUUCAAUGUCACGCGGCCUGCGGAUAAUCUGAGGAAUCCAGUCAUCACCCAGUUCCUGCCCACUCUGCUGCUCUGGAUAUUCUCAGUGUGCCUGCCAUUCAUUGUAUAUUACUCGUCGUUCAUGGCUUGUCACUGGACCAGAUCAAACGAAAACCGGAUAACAAUGCACAAGUGUUAUUUUUUCCUGGUGUUCAUGGUCAUCAUACUGCCCUCUCUGGGCCUGAGCAGUCUGGAUCUAUUUUUCCGUUGGCUGUUUGAUGUCCAUUUUCUGGAUUCGGCCAAUGUCAAGUUACAGUGUGUUUUCCUCCCCAAUAAUGGGGCAUUUUUUGUCAACUACGUCAUCACUGCCAGUCUGAUCGGCACCGCCAUGGAACUGCUGAGAAUUCCAGGUCUCACGGUAUAUGCUACACGCCUUUGUCUCGCCAAGUCAGUGCCAGAGCGUCUCCACGUGAAGCGGAGUCAGGCCUAUGAGUUCCAGUUCGGCCUGGAGUAUGCCUGGACCACAUGUGUCUUCUCCGUAGUGAUGACCUACAGUAUUACAUGCCCCAUCAUCGUACCCUUCGGCCUCAUAUAUCUGCUGCUGAAACACAUGACGGACAGAUACAACAUAUACUACGCCUAUAUCCCCACCAAGCUGAGCCCCAGCCUGCACAGCGCCGCUGCACAGCAGCUCUUGGCUGCUCCCAUCCUGUGUGUCUUCUGGCUGCUCUUCUUCUCUGUCCUGCGGUUGGGAUCCACACACCCCGUCACUCUGUUCACAUUCGUCAGCCUGCUCUGCUGUUUACUCUUCUCCAUCUUUGGGCUUUGUCUGCGAAAGCUGCGACCGAAGAGACCGUCCAGCUAUCAGAUGUCGGAGCAGGGCGAUGGGAUGAUGCAGGACACGGAACGCAGCAGCAUAUCUUCUACGCUGCAGUCCAGUGUGUUUGUGGCCAAUGUCCUCCAAGAACAGGACCUCUCCCCCCUGACCUCUCCUGCUCAUCCAUCAUAUGGAGCUCUGGAAACCCGAGCUGAUAGCCCCGCCGAGGGGCCCGAAGUGGCUCCUGAGAGCUCAGACAACACCUGCAAUUAAGGUGGGGAGAAGAAGACACUGUACAAGAUUGGAGGAGCCAGCUUCUUUAGCAGGUGUAUGUGGGUGCCAUACCAGGCCAUACCAGGCCCUUCCUGGUUGAGUCAGGCUGUGUCCUGGCGCCCCCUUGUGCUCUUCAGUUCGGUGUACGUUUUUCUGCUGAGAUUCUUCCUGCUGACCGUCUCUGAGGUCAUUAUGUAGCCGAGCGCAAGGAAUUCUGCUGUGAGGGUGGAGUCACACCUCUAGGCUCCUCCCAUCCACAUACCACGGACCCCGAAUGUUCCAUUUGUGUAUGUACGCUCCUUCUGACGCCCCCUCCUGGAUAGCUGCGCUCCCUGGCUCCAUUUUUGCGUUUGCAUGGGGACAGCGCACAGUUUGCUAUAAAAUGUUAUUUAUGAGGUUGCUGAAUUAUGCCAAAUAUAAUUUUACAUGAGAAUGUUA